GAGGAGGAGGAGGAGGAGGCGGAGGAGGAGGAGGAGGAGGUGGCGGCGAGAAGAUGGCGACUUCGAACAAUCCGCGGAAAUUCAGUGAGAAGAUCGCGCUGCACAACCAGAAGCAGGCAGAGGAGACGGCGGCCUUCGAGGAGGUCAUGAAGGACCUGAGCCUGACGCGGGCCGCGCGGCUCCAGCUCCAAAAGUCCCAGUACCUGCAGCUGGGCCCAAGCCGUGGCCAGUACUACGGCGGGUCCCUGCCCAACGUGAACCAGAUUGGGAGCGGCACUGUGGACUUACCAUUCCAGCCCAGCGGAUUUCUGGGGGAUGCCUUGGCAGCGGCUCCUGUCUUUCUGACACCCUUCCAGUCCUCAGGCCUGGACACCAGCCGGACUACCCGGCACCAUGGGCUGGUGGACAGAGUAUACCGGGAGCGCGGCCGGCUCGGCUCCCCACACCGCCGGCCUCUGUCAGUGGACAAACAUGGACGGCAGGCGGACAGCUGCCCCUAUGGUACUGUGUAUCUCUCGCCACCCUCGGACACCAGCUGGAGAAGGACCAAUUCUGACUCUGCCCUGCAUCAGAGCACAAUGACACCCAUCCAGCCAGAGCCCUUUGCCGGUGGGUCCCAGGACGCACACCAGAAAAGAGUCUUACUACUAACAGUCCCAGGAAUGGAGGAGACCACAUCAGAGACGGACAAGAACCUUUCCAAGCAAGUAUGGGACACCAAGAAGACAGGGUCCAGGCCCAAGUCCUGUGAGGUCCCUGGAAUCAACAUCUUUCCAUCUGCUGACCAGGAAAACACUACAGCCCUGAUUCCUACCACCCACAACACCGGGGGUUCCCUGCCUGACCUGACCAACAUCCACUUCCCCUCCCCACUUCCAACCCCGCUGGACCCUGAGGAGCCCACCUUCCCAGCGCUCAGCAGUUCCAGCAGCACCGGCAACCUCACUGCCAACCUGACACAUCUGGGCAUCGGCAGCACUGGCCAGGGGAUGAACACUCCAGGCUCUUCACCGCAGCACCGUCCGGCCAACGUCAGCCCACUGUCCCUGAGUUCGGAGACACGGCGGCAGCAGCAGGCACAGCAGGUGUCACCCACCCUCUCCCCGCUGUCACCCAUCACUCAGGCCAUGGCAAUGGAUGCCCUAUCUCUGGAGCAACAGCUGCCCUACGCCUUCUUCACUCAGGCAGGCUCCCAGCAAUCAACUCCACCGCAGCCCCAGCCCCCGCCACCCCCGCCGCCAGUAUCCCAGCAGCAGCCUUCCCCACCACCUCCACAGGUGCCCAUCAGCCUUCCCCCAGGCAGUCCCCUGAUGCCGAGCACGAGUCUGACGCAGGGACCCCAGCUGCCCCCGCUCCUGGUCACAGUGCCAUCCUCUCUCCCCCAGUCCCCCCCCGACAACCCAGGCCAGCCACCGAUGGGAAUCGACAUCGCCUCGGCCCCGGCUCUGCAGCAGUACCGCACUAGUGCCGGCUCCCCGGCCAACCAGUCUCCCACCUCACCUGUCUCCAAUCAAGGCUUCUCCCCUGGGAGCUCCCCACAACACUCUUCCACCCUGGGCAGCGUGUUUGGGGACUCGUACUGUGAGCAGCAGAUGGCGGCCAGGCAGGCCAAUGCUCUGUCCCACCAGCUGGAGCAGUUCAACAUGUUGGAGACCGCCAUCAGCUCCAGCAGUCUGUACAGCCCGGGUUCUACACUCAACUAUUCGCAGGCGGCCAUGAUGGGCCUGACAGGCAGCCACGGGAGCCUGCAAGACCCACAGCAGCUUGGUUAUCCCAGCCACAGCAGUAUCCCCAACAUCAUUCUCACAGUGACAGGAGAGUCCCCUCCCAGCCUCUCUAAAGAACUGACCAGCACGCUGGUUGGGGUUGGUGAUGUCAACUUCGACACUGACAGCCAGUUCCCUCUGGAUGAACUCAAGAUUGACCCCCUGACCCUGGAUGGACUGCACAUGCUCAAUGACCCUGACAUGGUCCUGGCUGACCCAGCCACCGAGGACACCUUCCGGAUGGACCGUCUGUGAGUGCACACCCAGCACUCUGCUGCCCAGCCGCGGCUCCGUCACCCCGCCGGUCAGUGGUCCCAACGGAGUCUCCCUGAGCCCAGGGACUGCACACUCUGUCCCUGCAAACGGCCGAGCUUGUGAUUCUGAGCUUGCAAUACCGCCAAGCACCCCCUCCUGCCCUCCCUCGGCUGUCCACCUUUCUUGGGAGGCUGUGAGUUGCCCUCUAGGACUACCCCUUGUGCACACUCUUUCACCUCCCACCCCAGGCCAUGAGCCAUCAGUCCCUGUAAGAUGCAGAAAGCAUGUUGGGCAGGGCCACAGGCCUGGGGGUACCGGGGUCUGCUCCUCACUGUGGUGGGCAAUGUGCAUUUCCGACUGUUGUCCAGCUCUCACUGCCUUCCUUCAUCCCUGGUUCCUACCCUCCACCCCUGCACCUGCCACCCCCAGGUUGUGGUUAGGUAGAGAGCCAUCCCCACCGACAAGAGAGAGAGAACGCCAGAGAGUGGGAUAGACCCAGUGCAAAAUAAACACUAUUUUGACUGCUGUCUUUUAUAUUCCUGAGCAAACAGAAUGCUAGAACGCUUCUCAUGGGGGUGGAUGUAAACAGAGCAGCUAGAUCUUCCCAGCCUCCUCCCACCUCACCUGCCCCCACACCAGAUCCUUCUGGGGCUGCCUCUGUUAGGAAGCCGCUGGCCGGGAUGAAUGUGGGAGUCAGUUAUUUCUAGGGGUGGCUUUAGAACUUGUUUUCAUCUUUCCUGCUCUGUACUAUGGUCACUGUUACUGUUAUUUACAGACUAGUGGGAAGGGCGUGGCCAGGGCAUUUUUGUUGUAUUUUCUGUUGUUUCUUUCGGUAUGUAUUUGCAUUUUGGCUGUAGAUGAGUAGUUGACUCCUUCAAGCCAAUACUUGCCUGAGAGCAUCUUUUUAUUCCUGAAAUACUACAUUUGCAUAUGUUUUAAAGCUAACUGGAAGCAGUCUGCCAUCUGAGCUGUGACCCUAGCCUCAUUAGUUUCACCUCAAGUUAUCUCAAAACAGAAGGGUUGAGUGGCUGCCCAGCCCAGUGAGGGCAGGUUGUGCUAGGCGAGGACUCUGACAGAAGCUUGGGUAACUGGAGGUGCCUUUUCUCUGGCUACGUAACAGACUUCUGGAAAGGAGCCAAUGCUUUUAUUAAGGGCCUGGAGAAGACCCGGCUCUGCCUCGCCCUAAAGGUGCCCGCCAGUCCUCAGGGCUGGUGUGUCCCAGACCCUGAGGCUGGCAGCAGCUGUGGCCCCUCUGUUCCUAGACACCCCAAAUGAGGUUGUCUCUCAUCCCCACCCUGAGAACCAGCUGACACUCAUCCCCCUGGCCACUUCUGUUGUUGCUCCUCCUGGUAGGACUGGGUUUGGAGGCAAAGAGCAGCAUGCUUUUAGUGGUGGGUUUCUAGGUGCUUGCUUCUCAAAGUGCCUUGAUAGGCAGUGGUGACCAUCCCUCUGCCCUCAGGCCCUUCGAGGGGGUGACAGGCUGGCUCUCUUUUCUGUUGGCAGCUUUACUAGGAAUCUCUGUUUCAGUCCCCAAGUUGCAUCUCAACUUACUCCUCCACAUGCUGUUGAGCUGACACUUCUGCCUGGUGUGUUUCUUUGUGGUGUCAGAGGUCACCCUUCUGCCUCGGCCUCGGGAGCCCUCUCACUGGGAGCUGGAUUUGAUCCUAGCAAUUGUCCUUCCUUUUCGCUCCUUGGCCAGGCUGUUAGCACGUAUCCAAGCAGCUGGGCAGCCACACUUGUGAGAAGGUCUCCCUCCCCAGUCACUUGGCCCCGCCACCAUUGUCUGGGCUUGAGGAGCACAGUGUCAGUCUGUCCGGGUCCAGGGCCUAUCCUUUUUCUGUGGCAGGGACUGGGGACAUAGAUGGGGACUUUUUAAAUAAAUAAAAAAAAGAACA